AUAAUCCAGAGCCCAGGCCCCACGCCUGCUCUUGCCUGGGGUUCUCAGGAGGGGAGAGUUGGGAAGGCUUUGCUGCGGAGGAAAUUUAUUUGAUAGAUUAAAGGUUUGAUCAAGAGCUGCAGAGACAAAAGAGAAAAAUUCACACAAACCAAUGGUGUUCGGAACGAAAAGAAGUCCAUUACCUUGAGUUUGUAGGUGCCACUACUGCUCUGGGAGAAUGGCAGAUGACGAAGACUACGAGGAGGUGGUGGAGUACUACACAGAAGAGACAAUCUAUGAAGAGGUACCGGGGGAGACGAUAACAGAAAUCUAUGAAACUACUAGCACAAGGACAACAGGCUCUGACUAUGGGCAAUCAGAAACUUCCAGACCAGCGCUGGUACAACCGGAACCCGCGAAGCCAGUGCAGAGGAAGAAGGUGAUGCGAAAGAAGGUGGACUCUUCAAAGUUCAUGACCCCCUACAUUGCACAUAGUCAGAAGAUGCAGAAUCUCUUCAGCCCCAAUAAAUACAAGGAGAACUAUGAGAAAAUAAAAGGGCAACCGUCCACCAUCACGACUGAUACUCCAGAACUUCGCAGGAUCAAGAAAGUACAAGAUCAACUCAGUGAGGUUAAGUAUCGAAUGGAUGGCGACGUUGCUAAAACUAUUUGUCACGUAGAUGAGAAAGCAAAGGACAUUGAACAUGCCAAGAAAGUGUCGCAGCAAGUCAGCAAGGUUUUAUACAAGCAGAACUGGGAAGACACCAAGGAUAAGUACCUGCUUCCCCCUGAUGCCCCUGAACUUGUCCAAGCCAUCAAGAACACAGCCAUGUUCAGUAAGAAACUGUACACUGAAGACUGGGAAGCAGACAAAAAUUUGUUUUACCCAUACAAUGAUAGCCCGGAACUGAGAAGGGUCGCCCAAGCCCAGAAAGCUCUCAGUGAUAUUGCGUACAAAAAAGGGCACAUUGAACAGCAAGCUCAAUUCACGUCGCUUCCGGAUCCUCCAGAUAUAGAAUUUGCCAAGAAAGUGAGCAAUCAAGUGAGCAAGCAAAAAUACAAGGAAGACUAUGAAAAUAAAGUCAAAGGCAAAUGGAGUGAGACUCCUUGUUUUGAAAUUGCAACGGCCAGAAUGAACGCUGAUAACAUCAGCGCAAGGAAAUACCAGGAAGACUUUGAGAAUAUGAAAGACCAGAUCUACUUCAUGCAGACCGAAACACCAGAAUACAAAGUGAAUAAGCAAGCUGGCUUGGCUGCUAGCAAGGUAAAAUACAAAGAGGACUAUGAAAAGAAUAAAGGGAAAGCAGAUUAUAAUGUACUUCCUGCUACAGAGAACCCACUGCUCAAGCAGCUGAAGGCGGCAGGAAAUGCCCUCAGCGAUAAACUAUACAAGGAAAAUUAUGAAAAUACAAAGGCAAAGAGCAUAAAUUACUGUGAAACGCCCAAAUUCAAACUUGAUACGAUUCUGCAGAACUUCAGUAGUGAUACUAAAUAUAGAGAUGCCUACUUAAAGAAUAUUCUGGGACAUUAUGUGGGCAGCUUUGAGGAUCUGUAUCAUACACACUGCAUGAAAGUCGCAGCUCAAAACAGUGACAAAAACUACAAAGCGGAAUAUGAAGAGGACAGAGGCAAAUGCUUCUUCCCCCAGACCAUUACUCAAGAAUAUGAAGUCAUUAAGAAAUUGGAUCAUUGUAAAGAUCAUAGCUACAAAGUCCAUCCAGAUAAGACAAAGUUCACCCAGGUGACUGACUCUCCUGUUAUGGUUCAAGCCCAAGUCAAUUCCAAACAACUGAGUGAUCUAAAUUAUAAAGCGAAACACGAAAGUGAGAAGUUCAGGUGUCACUUACCUCCAGACACUCCUGCCCUCCUGCAGCACAGAGUGAACGCUUACAACCUGAGUGACAAUGUUUAUAAGCAUGACUGGGAGAAGAGCAAAGCCAAGAAGUUUGACAUUAAAGUGGAUGCCAUCCCCCUGCUGGCCGCCAAAGCCAACAGCAGGAAUGCUAGUGAUGUGAUGUACAGGAAAGACUAUGAGAAAAGCAAAGGGAAAAUGAUUGGGGCCCUGAGCAUCAAUGAUGACCCCAAGAUGCUGCACUCUUUGAAGACAGCCCAAAACCAGAGCGACAGAUUGUAUAGGGAAAACUAUGAGAAGACAAAGGCAAAAAGCAUGAAUUACUGUGAAACGCCUAAAUAUCAGCUUGACACUCUACUGAAGAACUUCAGUGAGGCUAAAUAUAAAGAUGCCUAUGUGCAGAACAUUCUGGGUCACUACGUAGGCAGCUGUGAGGACCCAUAUCAAAUACACUGCAUGAAAAUGUCGGCUCAAAACAGUGACAAAAAUUACAAAGCAGAAUAUGAAGAAGAUAGAGGGAAAUGCUAUUUCCCGCAGACGAUAACACAAGAGUAUGAAGCCAUUAAGAAGCUUGACCAGUGUAAAGAUCAUACCUACAAAGUUCAUCCAGAUAAGACCAAGUUUACUUCAGUCACUGAUAGUCCUGUGCUGCUGCAGGCCCAGCUGAACACAAAACAACUUAGCGAUCUGAAUUAUAAAGCAAAGCACGAAGGCGAGAAGUUCAAAUGCAAUGUUCCAGCAGAUGCUCCAGAGUUUAUCCAGCACAGGGUCAAUGCCUAUAACCUGAGUGAUAAUGUUUAUAAGCAUGACUGGGAGAAGAGCAAAGCCAAGAAGUUUGACAUUAAAGUGGAUGCUAUCCCCCUGCUGGCCGCCAAAGCCAACAGCAGGAAUGCUAGUGAUGUGAUGUACAGGAAAGACUAUGAGAAAAGCAAAGGGAAAAUGAUUGGGGCCCUGAGCAUCAAUGAUGACCCCAAGAUGCUGCACUCUUUGAAGACAGCCAAAAACCAGAGUGAUCGUGAAUAUCGUAAAGACUAUGAAAAGUCGAAAACUAUCUACACAGCACCUCUGGACAUGCUUCAAGUCACUCAAGCAAAGAAGUCUCAGGCAAUUGCCAGCGACGUGGACUAUAGGCACGUCCUACACAGCUACAGCUACCCCCCUGACAGCAUCAACGUGGACCUUGCCAAGAAGGCCUAUGCACUGCAGAGCGAUGUGGAGUAUAAAGCCGACUACAACAGCUGGAUGAAGGGCUGUGGCUGGGUACCUUUUGGAUCUUUGGAAAUGGAGAAGGCAAAGCGAGCUUCCGCCAUCCUGAAUGAGAAAAAAUAUCGUCAGCAUCCAGACACUCUCAAGUUUACUUCAAUUGAAGAUGCUCCAAUUACAGUGCAGUCUAAAAUUAACCAGGCCCAGAGGAGCGAUAUUGUCUACAAAGCCAAAGGAGAGGAAAUGCUUCAUAAAUACAGCCUGCCUGCAGACCUGCCCCAGUUCAUUCAGGCUAAAGUGAAUGCCUACAACAUUAGUGAGAAUAUGUACAAGGCUGACUUGAAAGAUCUGGGCAAGAAGGGAUAUGACCUGAGAAUUGACGCUAUUCCCAUCAAAGCUGCCAAGGCUGCGAGGCAGGCAGCCAGUGAUGUUCAGUACAAAAAGGAUUUUGAAAAAGCCAAAGGGAAGAUGGUUGGCUUCCAAAGUCUCCAGGAUGAUCCCAAACUGGUUCACUAUAUGAAUGUGGCCAAGCUACAGUCAGAACGGGAGUAUAAAAAAGAUUACGAGAAGACAAAAACCAAGUACAACACACCCCGUGAUAUGUUCAACGUUGUGGCAGCUAAGAAAGCACAGGAUGUUAUCAGCAAUGUUAACUAUAAACAUUCUCUCCAUCAUUACACCUACCUGCCUGAUGCCAUGGACUUAGAGCUGUCUAAGAACAGGAUGCAGAUCCACAGUGACAAUGCCUACAAGGAAGACUACAACACUUGGAUGAAAGGCAUUGGCUGGAUACCUAUUGGAAGUCUUGAUGUAGAAAAAGUCAAAAAGGCAGGUGAUGCCUUGAAUGAAAAGAAGUACAGACAACAUCCUGAUACCCUCAAAUUUACGAGCAUUGUGGACUCUCCAGUUAUGGUGCAGGCAAAACAGAACACACAGCAAGUCAGCGAUAUCUUAUACAAAGCCAAGGGAGAAGACAUGAAGCAUAAAUACACAAUGAGUCCCGACCUUCCGCAGUUCCUCCAGGCCAAGUGCAACGCUUACAACAUAAGUGAUGUCUGUUACAAACGGGACUGGCAUGACCUGAUCGCCAAAGGCAAUAACGUGCUGGGUGACGCCAUCCCCAUCACCGCAGCCAAAGCAUCAAGAAACAUCGCCAGUGAUUAUAAAUACAAAGAAGCUUAUGAGAAGGCAAAAGGAAAGCACGUGGGUUUUAGAAGCCUGCAGGAUGAUCCUAAAUUAGUCCACUAUAUGAACGUCGCCAAGCUGCAGUCUGAUCGUGAGUACAAGAAGAACUAUGAGAACACCAAAACCAGCUAUCACACACCUGGGGACAUGGUCAGCAUCACAGCUGCGAAAAUGGCCCAGGAUGUGGUCACCAACAUCAACUACAAGCAGCCAAUCCAUCACUACACCUACCUGCCUGACGCCUUGAGUCUUGAGCACACGAGGAAUGCAAACCAGAUUCAGAGUGACAAUGCAUACAAAGACGAAUACAACAACUUCUUAAAGGGCAUUGGCUGGAUCCCCAUCGGUUCUCUGGAAGUUGAGAAGGUCAAGAAGGCAGGCGAGGCAUUAAAUGAGAGGAAGUAUCGACAGCACCCAGAUACCAUCAAGUUCACGAGCGUGCCUGAUUCCAUGGGCAUGGUUUUAGCUCAGCAGAACACGAAGCAGCUAAGUGAUUUGAACUACAAGGUGGAGGGUGAGAAAAUGAAACACAAGUACACGAUGGACCCUGAAUUGCCUCAGUUUAUUCAAGCCAAGGUCAAUGCCCUCAACAUGAGUGAUGCUCAUUAUAAAGCAGACUGGAAGAAAACCAUUGCUAAGGGGUAUGAUUUGAGAUCAGAUGCCAUUCCAAUUGUUGCUGCAAAGAGCUCAAGAAAUAUUGCUAGCGAUUUCAAAUAUAAGGAGGCCUAUGAGAAAGCCAAAGGCAAGCAAAUUGGAUUUCUCAGUCUUCAGGAUGACCCUAAACUGGUUCACUACAUGAAUGUAGCCAAAAUGCAGUCUGAUCGUGAGUACAAGAAGGGCUAUGAAGCCAGCAAGACGAGGUAUCACACCCCCUUGGACAUGUUCAGUGUGACAGCAGCAAAGAGAUCCCAGGAGGUGGCUACCAACACCAACUACAAGCAGCCUUACCACCACUACACUCUCCUGCCUGAUGCCUUGAACGUGGAGCACUCCAGGAACGCCAUGCAGAUUCAGAGUGAUAACCUGUACAAGUCAGACUUCACCAGCUGGAUGAAAGGAAUUGGCUGGGUCCCAAUAGACUCACUGGAGGUGGAGAAGGCAAAGAAAGCAGGAGACAUUCUCAGUGAGAGGAAGUAUCGCCAACAUCCCGAGAAGCUGAAGUUUACCUACUCCAUGGACACCAUGGAACAAGUCCUUAACAAGAGUAACAAACUGACCAUGGACAAGAGACUCUACACUGAGAAAUGGAACAAAGACAAGACCACCAUUCACGUCAUGCCUGAUACUCCAGACAUUUUACUGUCCAGAAUGAACCAGAUCACCAUGAGUGAUAAGCUGUACAAAGCUGGCUGGGAAGAAGAGAAGAAGAAAGGCUAUGAUCUGAGACCGGACGCCAUCUCCAUACAGGCUGCGAGAGCCUCCAGAGACAUUGCCAGCGACUAUAAAUACAAGCAAGCCUAUGAACAAGCCAAAGGAAAGCACAUUGGCUUCCGGAGCCUGGAGGAUGACCCCAAGCUGGUGCACUUCAUGCAAGUGGCCAAGAUGCAGUCAGACCGGGAGUACAAGAAAGCGUACGAGAAGUCCAAGACCUCCUUCCACACCCCGGUGGACAUGCUCAGUGUGGUGGCAGCCAAGAAGUCUCAGGAAGUGGCCACCAACACCAACUACAAGAAUCUUAUUCACAGCUACAACCUGCUUCCUGAUGCCAUGAGCUUCGAAUUGGCCAAGAACAUGAUGCAGAUUCAGAGUGAUAACCAGUACAAGGCUGACUAUGCAGACUUCAUGAAAGGCAUUGGAUGGCUUCCCCUGGGCUCCCUGGAGGCUGAGAAGAAUAAGAAAGCCAUGGAGAUCAUUAGUGAGAAGAAGUAUCGCCAGCACCCAGACACUCUGAAGUACUCCACACUGAUGGAUUCGAUGAACAUGGUUUUGGCUCAGAAUAAUGCAAAAAUUAUGAAUGAACACCUCUAUAAGCAGGCAUGGGAAGCUGACAAAACCAAAGUCCACAUCAUGCCUGAUAUCCCCCAGAUUGUUCUGGCAAAGGCAAACGCCAUCAAUAUGAGCGACAAAAUCUACAAACUUUCUUUGGAGGAAUCUAGAAAGAAAGGCUAUGAUCUCAGAACAGAUGCCAUUCCUAUCAAAGCUGCCAAGGCUUCAAGAGACAUUGCGAGUGACUAUAAAUACAAAUACAACUAUGAGAAGGAGCGUGGGAAAAUGGUUGGCUUCCGCAGCCUUGAAGAUGACCCCAAGUUAGUCCAUUCCAUGCAAGUGGCUAAGAUGCAGUCUGAUCGGGAGUACAAGAAAAACUACGAGAAGACCAAGACCAGCUACCACACCCCCAAGGACAUGCUCAGUGUCACGGCUGCCAAGGACGCUCAGGCCAACAUCACCAACACGAACUACAAGCACCUGAUUCACAAGUACAUUCUCCUGCCCGACGCCAUGAGCAUCGAGCUGACCAGGAAUAUGAACCACAUACAAAGCGAUAAUGAAUAUAAGCAGGACUACAACGAAUGGUACAAAGGACUGGGCUGGAGUCCUGCUGGUUCACUGGAAGUGGAGAAGGCCCGGAAGGCAACAGAAUAUGCCAGUGACCAGAAAUACCGCCAGCACCCUAGCAGCUUCCAGUUUAAGAAGCUGAGCGACUCCAUGGACAUGGUUCUUGCCAAACAAAAUGCACACACCAUGAACAAUUACUUAUACACUGCUGAUUGGAACAAGGAUAAAACCAAGAUUCAUGUAAUGCCAGAUACACCUGAUAUUUUGCAAGCAAAACAGAACCAAACGUUGUACAGUCAGAAACUCUAUAAACUUGGAUGGGAAGAAGCUUUGAAGAAAGGAUAUGACCUCCCAGUUGAUGCAAUUUCUGUACAGUUGGCCAAAGCUUCAAGAGACAUUGCUAGUGAUUUUAAAUACAAACAAGGCUACCGUAAGCAACUCGGACAUCAUAUUGGAUUCCGGAGCCUGCAGGAUGAUCCAAAGCUUGUGCUGUCCAUGAAUGUUGCCAAAAUGCAAAGUGAGAGAGAGUACAAGAAGGACUUUGAGAAGUGGAAGACCAAGUACAGCAGCCCAGUGGACAUGCUGGGGUUGGUGCUGGCCAAGCAAUGCCAGACGCUGGUCAGUGACAUUGACUACAGGAACUACCUGCACCAGUGGACGUGUCUGCCUGACCAGAAUGAUGUCAUUCAAGCUAAGAAGGUUUAUGAGCUACAGAGUGAGAAUAUAUAUAAGUCUGAUCUUGAGUGGCUAAAAGGCAUAGGUUGGAGUCCACUGGGUUCGCUGGAGGCAGAAAAGAACAAGCGUGCUUCAGAAAUUAUCAGUGAGAAGAAGUAUCGGCAGCCUCCAGACAGAAACAAGUUCACCAGUAUUCCUGAUGCCAUGGACAUAGUUCUUGCAAAAACAAAUGCCAGAAACCGCAGUGAUAGACUCUAUAGAGAAGCCUGGGACAAGGACAAGACUCAAAUCCACAUCAUGCCUGAUACACCUGACAUUGUUCUGGCUAAAGCAAACCUAGUGAAUACAAGUGAUAAACUCUACCGAAUGGGGUAUGAGGAGCUGAAGAGAAAAGGUUAUGACCUCCCUCUAGAUGCACUAUCGAUCAAAGCAGCAAAAGCAUCUCGAGAAAUUGCUAGUGAAUACAAAUAUAAGGAAGGCUUUCGCAAGCAGCUUGGUCACCACAUUGGUGCUCGAGCAAUUCAUGAUGACCCCAAGAUGAUGUGGUCCAUGCACGUGGCCAAGAUCCAGAGUGACCGGGAGUACAAGAAGGACUUUGAGAAGUGGAAGACCAAGUACAGCAGCCCAGUGGACAUGCUGGGGAUGGUGCUUGCCAAGCAAUGCCAGACGCUGGUCAGUGACAUUGACUACAGGAACUACCUGCACCAGUGGACGUGUCUGCCUGACCAGAGUGAUGUCAUCCAUGCUCGACAGGCCUAUGACCUCCAGAGCGACAAUUUGUACAAGGCUGACCUUCAGUGGCUCAGAGGCAUUGGCUGGUUACCCAGUGGCUCACUUGAGGAUGAAAAGAACAAGAGAGCCACCCAGAUUUUGAGUGACCAUGUAUAUCGUCAGCAUCCAGAUAAAUUCAAGUUUUCUAGUCUUCUGGACUCUAUCCCAAUGGUGUUGGCAAAAAACAAUGCUAUCACCAUGAACCAACGCCUCUAUACAGAAGCCUGGGAUAAAGACAAAACCACUGUUCACAUUAUGCCAGACACCCCUGAAGUUCUAUUAGCCAAACAAAACAAAAUAAAUUACAGUGAGAAACAAUACAAACUUGGCCUAGAAGAAGCUAAGAAGAAAGGCUAUGACUUGAGGAUAGAUGCCAUUCCUAUCAGAACAGCCAAGGCUUCCAGAGACAUUGCGAGUGAAUACAAGUACAAGGAAGGCUACCGCAAGCAGCUUGGCCACCACAUUGGAGCUCGAGCAAUUCAUGAUGACCCCAAGAUGAUGUGGUCCAUGCACGUGGCCAAGAUCCAGAGUGACCGGGAGUACAAGAAGGACUUUGAGAAGUGGAAGACCAAGUACAGCAGCCCAGUGGACAUGCUGGGGUUGGUGCUGGCCAAGCAAUGCCAGACGCUGGUCAGUGACAUUGACUACAGGAACUACCUGCACCAGUGGACGUGUCUGCCUGACCAGAGUGAUGUCAUCCAUGCUCGACAGGCCUAUGACCUCCAGAGCGACAAUAUGUACAAAUCAGAUCUUCAGUGGAUGAGAGGCAUCGGUUGGGUUCCCAUUGGCUCUUUGGAUGUGGAAAAAUGCAAAAAGGCAACGGAAAUCUUGAGUGAUAAACUUUAUCGCCAGCAUCCAGACCAAUUCAAAUUCACCAGUGUAACUGACUCUCUGGAACAAGUGUUAGCCAAGAACAAUGCCAUCACCAUGAAUAAGCGUCUAUAUACGGAAGCCUGGGACAAAGACAAGACCCAGAUCCACAUCAUGCCAGACACCCCUGAAAUUAUGCUGGCAAGAAUGAACAAAAUCAACUACAGUGAGAGUCUGUACAAACUUGCCAAUGAAGAAGCAAAGAAGAAAGGCUAUGACCUGAGAAGUGACGCCAUUCCAAUCGUGGCGGCCAAGGCCUCCAGGGACAUUGCCAGUGAUUACAAAUAUAAAGAAGGUUACCGUAAGCAGCUCGGCCACCACAUUGGAGCACGGGACAUCAAGGAUGACCCCAAGAUGAUGUGGUCCAUGCACGUGGCCAAGAUCCAGAGUGACCGGGAGUACAAGAAGGACUUUGAGAAGUGGAAGACCAAGUACAGCAGCCCAGUGGACAUGCUGGGGGUGGUGCUGGCCAAGCAAUGCCAGACGCUGGUCAGUGACAUUGACUACAGGAACUACCUGCACCAGUGGACGUGUCUGCCUGACCAGAAUGAUGUCAUCCAUGCUCGACAGGCCUAUGACCUCCAGAGCGACAAUGUUUAUAAGUCUGAUCUCCAAUGGCUGAAAGGCAUCGGCUGGAUCCCCAUUGGGUCUGUGGAGGAUGUCAAAUGCAAGAGAGCUGCAGAGAUUCUGAGUGACAGCAUCUACCGCCAGCCUCCAGACAAGCUGAAAUUUACCAGUGUGACAGAUUCCCUGGAGCAGGUGCUGGCCAAGAACAAUGCCAUCACCAUGAACAAGCGUUUAUACACAGAGGCCUGGGACAAAGACAAGACUCAGAUUCAUAUUAUGCCUGAUACCCCGGAGAUCAUGCUGGCAAGACAGAACAAAGUAAACUACAGUGAGAAUUUGUACAAACUUGCCAAUGAAGAAGCCAAGAAGAAAGGUUACGACCUGAGAAUCGAUGCCAUCCCAAUUGUGGCUGCCAAGGCCUCCAGGGACAUUGCCAGUGAUUACAAAUACAAAGAUGGCUACCGCAAGCAGCUCGGCCACCACAUUGGAGCACGGGACAUCAAGGAUGACCCCAAGAUGAUGUGGUCCAUGCACGUGGCCAAGAUCCAGAGUGACCGGGAGUACAAGAAGGACUUUGAGAAGUGGAAGACCAAGUACAGCAGCCCAGUGGACAUGCUGGGGGUGGUGCUGGCCAAGCAAUGCCAGACGCUGGUCAGUGACAUUGACUACAGGAACUACCUGCACCAGUGGACGUGUCUGCCUGACCAGAAUGAUGUCAUCCAUGCUCGACAGGCCUAUGACCUCCAGAGUGACAAUGUUUAUAAGUCAGAUCUCCAGUGGCUGAAGGGUAUCGGCUGGGUCCCCAUUGACUCUGUGGAAGUAGUGAGGUGCAAGAGAGCUGCAGAGAUUCUGAGUGACAACAUCUACCGCCAGCCUCCAGACAAGCUGAAAUUUACCAGUGUGACAGAUUCCCUGGAGCAGGUGCUGGCCAAGAACAAUGCCAUCACCAUGAACAAGCGCUUAUACACAGAAGCCUGGGACAAAGACAAGACCCAAGUCCAUAUCAUGCCUGAUACACCAGAAAUUAUGUUGGCAAGACAAAAUAAAAUAAAUUAUAGUGAGAGCCUCUACCGUCAGGCCAUGGAAGAAGCCAAGAAAGAAGGCUAUGACCUGAGAAGUGAUGCCAUCCCCAUUGUGGCUGCCAAAGCCUCCAGGGAUAUUGCCAGUGAUUACAAGUAUAAAGAGGCUUACCGUAAGCAGCUAGGCCACCAUAUUGGUGCCCGGGCCGUCCGUGAUGACCCCAAGAUUAUGUGGUCCCUUCACGUCGCCAAACUGCAGAGUGACCGUGAGUACAAGAAAGAAUUUGAGAAGUACAAGACCAGAUACAGCAGCCCAGUGGACAUGCUGGGGAUUGUGUUGGCCAAGAAAUGUCAGACCUUGGUGAGUGACGUGGACUAUAAGCAUCCCCUGCAUGAGUGGACCUGCCUGCCCGACCAGAAUGACAUUAUCCAGGCCCGGAAAGCCUACGACCUCCAGAGCGAUAAUCUGUAUAAGUCAGAUCUGGAAUGGAUGAAGGGUAUUGGCUGGGUUCCCAUUGGCUCUUUGGAAGUCGUUAAAGCCAAGAGGGCAACAGAGAUACUGAGUGACAGUAUUUACCGCCAACGGCCAGACGCACUGAAAUUUACCAGCAUCACUGACUCUCCGGAGCAGGUGCUGGCCAAGAACAAUGCCAUAAACAUGAACAAGCGCCUAUACACAGAAGCCUGGGACAAUGACAAGAAGACAAUCCAUGUCAUGCCUGACACGCCAGAAAUCAUGCUAGCCAAACUCAACCGAAUAAACUACAGUGAUAAACUCUAUAAACUCGCUUUGGAAGAGUCCAAGAAAGAAGGUUAUGACUUGCGUUUGGAUGCCAUCCCAAUCAGAGCAGCCAAGGCUUCAAGAGAUAUUGCCAGUGAUUACAAGUACAAGGAAGGCUACCGUAAGCAGCUUGGCCACCACAUUGGGGCACGGGACAUCAAGGAUGACCCCAAGAUGAUGUGGUCCAUGCACGCGGCCAAGAUGCAGAGUGACCGGGAGUACAAGAAGGACUUUGAGAAGUGGAAGACCAAGUACAGCAGCCCAGUGGACAUGCUGGGGUUGGUUCUGGCCAAGAAGUGCCAGAUCCUUGUAAGUGACAUAGAUUACAGGCACCCCCUGCACGAGUGGAUGUGUCUACCUGACCAGAAUGAUGUCAUCCAAGCUCGAAAGGCCUAUGAUCUCCAGAGUGAUGCUAUUUACAAGGCUGAUCUGGAGUGGCUCAGAGGCAUUGGGUGGGUGCCCAUUGGCUCUGUCGAGGUGGAGAAGGUGAAGCGAGCUGGAGAAAUCCUGAGUGACAGGAAGUACCGUCAACCUGCAGACCAGCUCAAAUUCACAUGUAUUCCAGACACUCCAGAAAUUGUGCUGGCAAAAAACAAUGCCCUGACCAUGAGCAAGCACUUAUACACGGAAGCUUGGGAUACUGACAAGACCUCCAUCCAUGUAAUGCCUGACACCCCAGAAAUCCUGUUGGCCAAGAGCAAUUCUGCCAAUAUCAGCCAAAAACUUUACACCAAAGGAUGGGAUGAAACAAAGAUGAAGGACUACGACCUGAAAGCUGAUGCUAUUUCCAUCAAAAGUGCCAAGGCCUCCAGGGACAUCGCCAGUGACUACAAGUACAAAGAAGCAUACGAGAAACAGAAAGGCCACCACAUAGGAGCCCAGUGCAUUGAAGAUGACCCCAAGAUUAUGACUGCCAUACACGCAGGGAAGAUUCAAAGCGAAAGGGAGUACAAGAAGGAAUUCCAGAAAUGGAAGACCAAGUUCAGCAGCCCAGUGGACAUGCUGGGUAUCUUGCUGGCCAAGAAAUGUCAGACUCUAGUCAGUGACAUCGAUUAUCGAAAUAUCCUGCAUCACUGGACCUGUCUGCCUGAUCAAAACGACGUUAUCCAAGCAAGGAAGGCCUACGAGCUUCAGAGUGAUAGUGUGUAUAAGGCAGAUCUGGAGUGGCUGCGUGGCAUCGGCUGGAUGCCACAAGGCUCCGUGGAAUUGACCAGGGUGAAGAAUGCGCAAGACCUGCUGAAUGAGAGACUCUACAGAAUCAGACCAGAGGCCUUGCAGUUCACUUGUAUUGUCGACACUCCAGAGGUGGUUCUGGCCAAAGCCAAUUCUCUGCAAAUGAGCGAGAAACUGUAUCAAGAAGCCUGGAAUAAAGAUAAAGCCAACAUCAGUAUUCCUUCUGAUACGCCUGUCAUGCUACAAGCCCACAUCAACGCCAUGCAGAUCAGCAAUAAACUUUAUCAGAAAGACUGGGAUGAGGCCAAGCAGAAAGGCUAUGACUUAAGAGCAGACGCCAUUGAAAUCAAGCAUGCCAAAGCCUCCAGAGAAAUCGCCAGUGAGUAUAAGUACAAAGAAGGCUACCGGAAGCAGUUAGGCCACCACGUGGGUUUCCGCAGCCUGCAAGAUGACCCCAAACUGGUGUGGUCUAUUCACGCUGCCAAGAUCCAGAGUGAUAGAGAAUACAAGAAAGCUUAUGAGAAGUCAAAAGGAAUUCACAACACACCGCUGGACAUGAUGUCCAUUGUUCAGGCCAAGAAAUGCCAGGUCCUGGUGAGCGACAUUGAUUACCGCAAUUAUCUGCACCAGUGGACAUGUCUCCCUGACCAGAAUGAUGUGAUCCAGGCUAAGAAAGCCUACGAACUGCAGAGUGAUAACGUGUACAAAUCAGACCUGGAAUGGAUGAAGGGUAUCGGAUGGUUGACAGAGGGUUCUGUGGAUGUGGUGAGAGUGAAGAAUGCCCAGAAUCUCUUGAGUGAAAGGUUGUAUCGCAUAAAGCCCGAGGCCUUCAAGUUCACCAGCAUUGUUGAUACCCCAGAAGUCCUUAUGGCAAAGACCAAUGCUAUGCAGAUUAGUGAGCCACUGUAUCGCGAUGCCUGGGAGAAAGAGAAAGCUAAUGUGAACAUGCCAGCAGACACUCCGCUGAUGCUGCAGUCCAAACUCAACGCCUUACAGAUCAGCAAUAAACACUAUCAGCAAGCUUGGGAAGAUGUCAAGAUGACGGGCUAUGACAUACGUGCAGAUGCCAUCGGAAUCCAGCAUGCCAAGGCUUCCAGGGACAUUGCCAGUGAUUACCUGUACAAAAGCACUUACGAGAAACAGAAAGGUCACUAUAUUGGAUGCCGCAGUGCCAAGGAAGAUCCUAAGCUGGUUUUUGCAGCAAACGUGUUGAAGAUGCAAAAUGACAGACUGUACAAAAAGGCUUACAAUGACAACAAGGCCAAGAUCUCCAUUCCAGUAGACAUGGUGUCCAUCAGUGCUGCGAAAGAAGGCCAGGCACUAGCAAGCGACAUCGACUAUCGCCAGUACCUGCAUCGGUGGGCCUGCUUUCCUGACCAGAAUGAUGUGAUCCAAGCCAGGAAAGCCUAUGACCUGCAGAGUGACGCUAUCUACAAGGCUGACUUAGAGUGGUUGCGUGGCAUUGGCUGGAUGCCUGAGGGGUCACCAGAAGUCCUGAGAGUCAAAAAUGCCCAGGAGAUCUUGUGUGACAGUGUCUACCGUACGCCUGUGGUGAACCUCAAGUAUACGAGUAUUGUCGACACCCCUGAAGUUGUCCUUGCAAAAUCAAAUGCUGAAAACAUUAGCAUUCCAAAGUACAGAGAACUUUGGGACAAGGAUAAAACUUCAGUCCACAUAAUGCCAGACACUCCAGAAAUUAAUCUUGCUCGAGCCAAUGCUCUUAACGUGAGCGAUAAAAUCUACCGCAAGGGGUGGGAUGAAGUGAAGAUGAGUUGUGAUGUCCGUCUGGACGCCAUCCCCAUCCGAGCUGCCAAAGCCUCCAGGGAGAUUGCCAGUGAUUAUAAAUACAAGCUUGACCACGAGAAGCAGAAGGGACACUACGUGGGGACCCUCACAGCCAGGGAUGACAACAAGAUCCGGUGGGCCCUCAUUGCUGACAAGAUUCAGAAUGAGAGAGAGUAUCGGCUACAGUGGGCCAAGUGGAAGACGAAGUUCCAAAGCCCUGUGGAUAUGCUGUCCAUCUUGCAUUCUAAAAAAUGCCAGACUCUGGUCAGCGACAUAGACUAUCGCAAUUACCUGCACCAGUGGACCUGCAUGCCUGACCAGAAUGAUGUGAUCCAGGCCAAGAAAGCUUAUGAGCUGCAGAGUGAUGCUGUGUACAAAGCUGACUUGGAAUGGCUCCGGGGGAUUGGCUGGAUGCCAAAUGAUUCUGUGUCUGUCAAUCACGCCAAACAUGCCGCAGAUAUCUUCAGUGAGAAAAAAUAUCGCACAAAAAUCGAAACUCUCAACUUUACUCCCGUGGACGACAGAGUUGAUUAUGUGACAGCAAAACAGAGUGGUGAGAUCCUAAAUGAUAUUAAAUAUCGGAAAGAUUGGCAUGACACCAAAUCCAAGUACACCCUCACAGAAACCCCACUAUUGCACACUGCUCAGGAGGCAGCCCGGAUUCUGGACCAGUACCUCUACAAAGAAGGCUGGGAGAAACAGAAAGCCACGGGUUACAUUUUGCCUCCGGAUGCUGUCCCCUUUGUUCAUGCCCACCACUCUAGUGAUGUUCAGAGCGAGCUGAAAUACAAAGCUGAACAUGUGAAGCAAAAAGGCCAUUAUGUUGGUGUUCCAACGAUGAGAGAUGAUCCCAAACUGGUUUGGUUUGAGCAUGCGGGCCAGAUUCAGAAUGACAGACUGUACAAAGAAGACUAUCAUAAGACAAAGGCCAAAAUCAAUAUACCUGCUGAUAUGGUGUCAGUCUUGGCUGCCAAGGAAGGGCAGACCCUCGUCAGUGAUAUUGAUUACCGUAAUUACCUUCACCAGUGGACAUGUCAUCCUGACCAGAAUGAUGUGAUUCAGGCAAAGAAGGCUUACAACUUACAGAGUGAUAAUAUCUACAAAGCUGACCUGGAGUGGCUCCGAGGCAUUGGCUGGAUUCCCCUGGAUUCUGUGGACCAUGUGAGGGUUACUAGGAACCAGGAAAUGGUGAAUCAGAUAAAAUAUAAGAAAGAGGCUCUUGACAACUAUCCUAACUUUACAAGUGUGGUAGAUCCUCCGGAGAUUGUUUUGGCCAAGAUCAACUCAGUCAACCAAAGUGAUAUCAAAUAUAAGGAGACAUUUAAUAAAGAAGUGAAAGGCAAGUACAUCUUUUCUCCAGACACACCACAUCUCACCCACUCCAAAGACAUGGGGAAGCUCUAUAGUACCAUACUGUACAAAGGAGCAUGGGAGGGCACCAAAGCGUACGGCUACACCUUGGAUGAGCGCUACAUUCCCAUCGUUGGAGCCAAGCACGCCGACUUUGUGAACAGUGAGCUCAAAUACAAAGAAACGUAUGAGAAGCAAAAGGGCCACUAUCUGGCUGGAAAGGAAAUAAGUGAGUUUCCUGGUGUGGUUCACUCUCUGGAUUUCCAAAAGAUGAGAAGUGCGUUGAACUACAGAAGAGACUAUGAGGAUACCAAGGCAAAUGUCCAUAUCCCCAAUGACAUGAUGAACCACGUGCUGGCUAAAAGGUGUCAGUACAUCCUCAGCGACCUGGAGUACCGGCACUACUUCCACCAGUGGACGUCUCUGCCUGAAGAGCCCAAUGUGAUCCGGGCCCGGAACGCCCAGGAGAUCUUGAGUGAUAAUGUCUAUAAAGAUGACUUGAAUUGGCUAAAAGGCAUUGGCUGUUACGUUUGGGAUACACCCCAGAUCCUCCAUGCUAAGAAAUCAUAUGACCUUCAGAGUCAGAUACAAUACACAGCAGCAGGUAAGGAAAACCUGCAAAAUUAUAAUCUGGUCACAGACACGCCGCUUUAUGUGACUGCUCUGCAAAGUGGCAUCAAUGCCAGUGAGGUUAAAUAUAAAGAAAAUUAUCAUCAGAUCAAGGACAAAUAUACAACAGUUCUAGAAACAGUGGAUCAUGAGAGAACCAAGAAGCUGAAGAAUCUCUAUAGCAGCAACCUGUACAAGGAGGCCUGGGAUAAAGUGAAAGCAACGAGUUACGUUCUGCCUUCUAGCAGUAUGUCUCUGAUGCAUGCCAAGAACAAGAAGCACCUGGCCAGCACCAUCAAAUAUCGGGAAGAAUACGAAAAGUUCAAAGCUCUCUACACUUUACCAAAGAGCGUGGAUGACGACCCCAAUACUGCACGAUGCCUCAGGGUCGGCAAAUUGAACAUUGAUCGUCUGUACAGGUCAGUUUAUGAAAAGAACAAGAUGAAAAUCCACAUCGUGCCUGACAUGGUGGAGAUGGUGACUGCCAAGGACUCUCAGAAGAAAGUCAGUGAGAUUGACUACCGCCUGCACCUCCAUGAGUGGAUAUGCCACCCUGACUUGAAAAUCAACGAUCACGUCCGGAGAGUCACAGAUCAGAUAAGUGAUAUUGUGUACAAGGAUGACCUCAACUGGCUGAAAGGCAUUGGCUGCUAUGUCUGGGACACUCCUGAAAUUCUCCAUGCCAAGCAUGCCUACGACCUGCGCAAUGAUAUUAAGUAUAAAGCUCAUGUGCAGAAAACAAGGAAUGACUACAAGUUGGUCAUGGAUACCCCGGUGUAUGUUCAGGCUGUCAAAAGUGGGAAACAGCUAAGUGACGCCGUCUACCACCAUGACUAUGUGCACAGUGUCAGAGGCAAAGUGGCUCCGACAGCGAAAACUCUGGAUCUGGACCGGGCGCUCCACGCAUACAAGCUGCAGAGUGAGAAUCUGUACCGAGGACCUGGCUUGCGCUCCCUGCCCACUGGGUACCGGCUGCCUGUCGACACCCCUCACUUCAAGCACACCAAGAACAAUCGUUACAUGAGCAGCUAUUUCAAGUACAAAGAAGUUUAUGAACACAUCAAGGCAAAUGGGUAUACACUUGGCCCCAAUGAUGUUCCAUUUGUCAAUGUCCGGAGGAUCAAUAAAGUGACUAGUGAGAGACUGUAUCGGCAGUUGUACCACAAACUGAAAGACAAGAUUCACACAACUCCUGACACUCCUGCAAUCCGCCAAGUCAAGAAGACACAAGAGGCUGUGAGCGAGCUGAUCUACAAAUCAGACUUCUUCAGGAUGCGGGGACAUAUGAUCUCCUUACCAUACACACCCCAAGUGCUGCAUUGCCGCUAUGUGGGAGACAUCACCAGUGACAUAAAAUAUAAAGAGGACUUGCAGGUCCUGAAGGGGCUGGGCUGCUUCCUGUACGACACGCCUGAUAUGGUCCGCUCCCGGCACCUGAGGAAGCUCUGGUCAAAUUACCUGUACACGGAUAAUGCAAGAAAGACGCGUGACAAAUACAAAGUGGUGCUCGACACUCCGGAAUACAGGAAAGUCCAGGAGCUGAAGACACACCUGAGUGAGCUGGUGUACAGAGCUGCAGGCAAGAAGCAGAAGUCUGUCUUCACUUCAGUUCCUGACACUCCUGAUCUCCUGAGAGCUAAGCGUGGGCAGAAGCUUCAGAGCCAGUAUCUGUAUGUUGAACUUGCCACCAAAGAGAGACCCCAUCAUCAUGCUGGAAACCAGACUACAGCUUUGAAGCAUGCUAAAGAUGUGAAGGACAUGGUCAGCGAGAAAAAAUACAAGACUCAGUAUGAAAAGAUGAAGGACAAGUACACCCCUGUUCCAGAUACACCAAUUCUCAUCCGAGCCAAGAAAGCGUACUGGAAUGCCAGUGAUCUGCGUUACAAAGAAACUUUUCAAAAGACCAAAGGGAAAUACCACACUGUGAAGGACGCACUGGACAUAGUCUAUCACCGCAAAGUCACAGAUGACAUCAGUAAAGUGAAAUAUAAGGAGAACUACAUGAGUCAGCUGGGAAUUUGGAGGUCCAUCCCUGAUCCCCCAGAGCACUUCCAUCACCGGGCAGUUACUGAUGCUGUCAGCGACGUAAAAUAUAAAGAAGACUUGACCUGGCUUAAAGGUAUUGGCUGCUAUGCGUAUGAUACCCCUGACUUAACUCUGGCUGAGAAGAACAAGACACUGUACAGCAAGUAUAAGUAUAAAGAGGUAUUUGAAAGAACGAAAUCAGAUUUCAAGUAUGAAGCGGAUUGUCCCAUCAACAGGCAUUUCAAGUAUGCAACUCAGUUGACGAAUGAGAAAAAAUACAGAGCUGAUUAUGAGCAGCGGAAAGAUAAAUACCACCUGGUAGUGGAUGAGCCUAGACAUCUGCUGGCUAAGACGGCAGGCGACCAGAUCAGCCAGAGAAAAUAUAAAUCUAGUGCCAAGAUGCUACUGCAGCACGGAUGUAAUGAAAUCCUUCGUCCAGACAUGUUGACUGCUCUCUACAACACAUACAUGUGGAGCCAGAUCAAGUACAGGAAAAAAUAUGAAAAAUCAAAGGAUAAGUUUACCUCAGUUGUGGACACUCCAGAGCACUUGAGGACGACAAAAGUCAACAAGCAAAUCAGUGAUAUACUUUAUAAGCUGGAAUACAACAAGGCCAAACCCAGAGGCUACACCACCAUCCAUGACACACCCAUGUUGCUGCAUGUCCGUAAGGUCAAGGAUGAAGUGAGCGAUCUGAAGUACAAAGAAGCUUACCAAAGAACUAAGUCCAACUGCACCAUCAAACCAGAUGCUGUUCAUAUCAAAGCAGCCAAGGAUGCCUACAAAGUCAACACCAAUCUGGAUUACAAGAAGCAGUAUGAAGCCAACAAAGCCUACUGGAAGUGGAUCCCUGACCGGCCCGACUUCAUCCAGGCCGCCAAGUCGUCCUUGCAGCAAAGCGACUUUGAAUAUAAGCUGGACCAAGAGUUCCUCAAGGGCUGCAAGCUUUCUGUCACUGAUGACAAGGACAUGGUGCUGGCUCUGAGAAACUCCUUCAUAGAGAGUGAUCUGAAAUACAAAGAGAAGCACAUCAAGGAAAGAGGAAGCUGCCACGCUGUGCCCGACACCCCCCAGAUCCUUCUGGCAAAGACCGUCAGCAACCUGGUGUCUGAGAACAAAUACAAGAAACAUGUCAAGAAGCACUUGGCUGAGGGCUCCUACACCACCCUGCCAGAGACCCGGGACACCAUCCAUGUCAAGGAAGUGACCAAGCACGUCAGCGACACAAACUACAAAAAGAAGUAUGUCAAGGAGAAAGGCAAAUCCAAUUACUCCAUCAUGCUAGAGCCCCCUGAGGUGAAACACGCUAUGGAAGUGGCCAGGAAGCAGAGUAACGUCGCUUACAAAAAAGAUGCCAAGGAAAACCUGCAUUACACCACGGUGGCUGAUCGGCCAGACAUCAAGAAGGCCACACAGGCAGCCAAGCAGGCCAGCGAGGUAGAGUACAGAGCCAAGCAUCGCAGAGAAGGCAGCCAUGGGCUGAGCAUGCUUGGCCGGCCAGACAUCGAAAUGGCCAAGAAGGCAGCCAAGCUGAGCAGCCAGGUUCAGUACCAACAAAAUUUCAACAAAGAGAAGGGCAAGACAACAAAAUACAAUCCGAAAGACAGCCAGCUCUACAAAGUCAUGAAAGAUGCUAAUAAUCUCGCAAGUGAGGUUAAAUAUAAGGCUGACCUAAAGAAACUUCACAAGCCUGUGACCGAUAUGAAGGAGUCUCUGAUAAUGAAUCAUGUCCUAAAUACCAGCCAACUUGCCAGUUCCUACCAGUACAAGAAGAAGUAUGAGAAGAGUAAAGGCCACUACCACACAAUACCAGACAACCUUGAGCAGCUCCAUCUGAAAGAGGCCACAGAGUUACAGAGUAUCGUGAAAUACAAGGAAAAAUAUGAAAAGGAACGAGGAAAGCCUAUGUUGGACUUUGAAACUCCAAUGUAUAUCACUGCCAAGGAGUCUCAGCAGAUGCAAAGUGGGAAAGAAUACAGGAAGGAUUAUGAAGAGACCAUUAAAGGCAGAAACCUGACUGGCCUGGAGGUCACACCUGCUUUGCUACAUGUCAGAUAUGCCACCAAGAUAGCCAGUGAGAGAGAGUACAGGAAAGAUUUGGAAGAAAGCAUCCGUGGGAAGGGCCUCACCGAAAUGGAAGAUACUCCGGACAUGCAAAGAGCAAAGAAUGCCACUCAGAUCCUUAAUGAGAAAGAAUAUAAAAAAGACCUGGAGCUGGAAGUCAAAGGAAGAGGGCUGAAUGCCAUGGCCAACGAAACUCCUGACUUCAUGAGGGCCAGGAAUGCUACUGAUAUUGCCAGCCAGAUUAAGUACAAACAAUCAGCAGAAAUGGAAAAAGCCCAUUUCACUUCUGUGGUCGAUAGUCCAGAGAUUAUUCAUGCUCAACAAGUCAAGAACCUUUCAAGCCAGAAAAAGUACAAAGAAGAUGCAGAAAAGUCUAUGUCAUAUUAUGAGACGGUUCUAGAUACUCCCGAAAUGCAUCGUGUCCGGGAGAAUCAGAAGAACUUCAGCCUUCUCCAAUACCAGUAUGACCUUAAAAACAGUAAAGGAAAAAUUAUAGUUGUCCAAGACACUCCAGAAAUACUGCGUGUUAAAGAAAAUCAAAAGAAUUUCAGCUCGGUUUUAUAUAAAGAGGAUCUUUCACCAGGAACAGCUAUUGGAAAGACACCAGAGAUGACGAGAGUGAAACAAACACAGGACCACAUUAGCUCGGUGAAAUAUAAGGAAACAAUUGGACAAGGAACCCCAAUCCCGGACCUGCCUGAAGUGAAACGUGUCAAGGAGACUCAGAAGCAUAUCAGCUCGGUUAUGUACAAAGAAAACUUGGGAACUGGCAUUCCAACCCCUCUCACUCCAGAGAUUGAGAGAGUCAAACGCAAUCAGGAGAACUUUAGCUCGGUCUUGUACAAAGAAAAUUUGGGGACAGGAACCCCAACACCUAUCACUCCAGAGAUGGAGAGAGUCAAACGCAAUCAAGAACACUUUAGCUCGAUUUUGUAUAAAGAGAACUUGAGCAAGGGGACUCCUCUACCUGUCACUCCUGAGAUGGAGAGAGUCAAACGCAAUCAAGAAAACUUGAGCUCGGUGUUAUAUAGAGAAAGCCUGGGCAAAGGGACCCCGAUUCCUCUCACCCCAGAGAUGGAGCGAGUCAAACACAAUCAAGAAAACUUUAGUUCGGUGCUGUACAAAGAGAACAUGGGGACGGGAAUUCCUCUCUCCAUCACUCCUGAGAUGCAGCGAGUCAAACACAAUCAAGAAAAUAUCAGCUCGGUGUUAUACAAAGAAAACAUGGGCAAGGGAACCUCUUUACCCAUCACUCCAGAGAUGGAGAGAGUCAAACACAAUCAAGAGAAUAUUAGCUCGAUUUUGUACAAAGAAAACGUGGGGAAAGCCACCCCCACCCCUGUCACUCCAGAGAUGCAGAGAGUCAAACGCAAUCAAGAGAACAUUAGCUCGGUGCUUUAUAAAGAAAACCUGGGCAAAGCCACCCCCACGCCCAUUACUCCUGAGAUGGAAAGAGUCAAACGCAACCAAGAAAACUUUAGCUCGGUGUUGUACAAAGAGAACAUGAGGAAGGCAACUCCGACACCAGUCACUCCAGAGAUGGAGAGAGCUAAGCGCAACCAAGAAAACAUUAGCUCGGUUCUUUACUCUGACAGCUUCCGGAAACAAAUCCAAGGCAAAGCUGCCUAUGUCCUUGACACCCCAGAAAUGAGACGGGUGAGGGAGACCCAGCGCCACAUCUCAACGGUGAAGUAUCAUGAAGACUUUGAGAAACACAAGGGUUGCUUCACACCAGUGGUGACAGACCCUAUUACUGAACGUGUCAAAAAGAAUACACAGGACUUCAGUGACAUCAGCUACAGAGGCAUUCAGAGAAAAGUGGUAGAGAUGGAGCGGAAACGGAAUGACCAGGAUCAGGAAACUAUCACAGGUUUACGUGUCUGGCGCACUAAUCCUGGUUCAGUCUUUGAUUAUGAUCCUGCAGAAGACAAUAUUCAGUCCCGAAGCUUACACAUGAUUAAUGCCCAGGCACAGCGCCGGAGCCAGCAGUCGAGGUCCGCCAGUGCCCUGAGCACCAGUGGUGGGGAGGAGAGGUCUGAGCACUCUGAAGCCGCCGACCAGCAGCUCUCCACCUACAGCAAUGGCGGUGCCUUCUUCUCGGCCACCUCAGCAGCCUACAAACACACAAAAACCACGGUGCUCCCUCAGCAGCGGUCUUCUUCUGUGGCCACCCAGCAGACGACAGUGUCCUCCAUCCCGUCUCAUCCGUCCACUGCUGGGAAAAUCUUCCGUGCCAUGUAUGACUACAUGGCCGCCGACGCAGAUGAGGUGUCCUUCAAAGACGGAGAUGCUAUCGUGAACGUCCAAGCUAUCGACGAAGGCUGGAUGUAUGGCACGGUGCAGAGGACCGGCAGGACGGGCAUGCUUCCCGCCAACUACGUGGAAGCUAUUUAGGCCUCUCCGAGCAUCAUACCUGCCUGCGGACUUAGCAGCUAUGCUAUCAGCAUUUCAGUUUCUAGACUCUGCACUACCACCCAGGUUCUCAAGUGGCUUAAGGGUUUUUUUUUUCCGUGACACUAUUAUUCAUGGCUGUACCAUCCUUUUGCUUCUACGUGAACUUCAACAACUGUCCAGUAACUCAAGUGUGUCACUCGUCUAUUCAGUUAUUAAGCUAGAGUUCUCUCCUUGUUUUCUGGAGCCCUAGUACUUGAGACAUUGUAGUUAUUUUAAAAUUGCUAUCAUUGAAUUUCCCUUGGGUUUUAAAGUUUAAUUAAAGCUUCUGCAAUGCUA